AUGGCCAAGGUAGGAGACAUCCCCGCAUUCAACCCAAGACCCACGACUAACACUCCACUCUCGCAGAUCACCCAGCUGUUGUUUGACUGCGACAACACCCUCGUGAUGUCCGAGGAACUGGCCUUCGAGGCCUGCGCGGACAUUGCCAAUGAGAUCCUGGCCAAGCGCGACAUCACUGACCGCUACACCGGGGAAGAGCUCAUCAAAGACUUUGUCGGCCAGAACUUCCGUGGUAUGAUGGUCUCUUUGCAGGCCAAGUAUGGCUUUGACAUGCCCAAGGAAGAGAUUGAGCACUACGUCAAGGAAGAGGAAAACCAAGUCAUUGCCAAAUUGGAGGCGAAGGCGGUGCCUUGCAUUGGUGCUAACGAGGAGUUGGAAAGACUCCAGCGCCAGGGCAAAUACGACAUGGCUGUUGUGUCGUCCUCUGCUCUUCGUCGUGUCCGCGCCUCAAUCAAGAAGGUGAACCAGGACAAGUACUUCAAGCCAGACCACGUUUUCAGCGCUGCUACCUCCCUGCCCCAACCGACCUCCAAGCCUGACCCGGCCAUCUAUCUUCACGCCUUGGAGGUGCUGGGCAAGAAGCCCGAAGAGUCUGUUGCCAUCGAAGACAGCCGCUCUGGUGCUCUUAGCGCUAUUCGUGCUGGGAUCCCAGUCAUUGCCUACGUCGGAAGCUAUCACGGCGAUGACAAGCGUGGUGAGAUGGCAGCCAAGUUGACCGAACUGGGUGCUCAGGUCGUGAUGAAGGAUUGGGCCGAAUUCGACACUUGCCUCAAGCAGAUCGAGGGCGAGCCUACAGAGACCAGUGUCGCUAAUCUUUAG